UGCCCUUAACCACGAGAACUAGUUCGUCCAUAUGCUCUAUUACUUACACCUCAAGUUCCAGGCGUGUUCAGAUUUAUCUUGUAAUACAAAUUCCAUACAAAUAGCUUAAUAAAGAUCUCUAUGGUACUCCGCAUGAAACUUUCUAGACUUUUCAUCCAGAAUGAGUGUGAUCCAAUCGAGACCAAUGUUUCAGUUGAAUUGAGGGAUUAAUUGGGAACCGUAUUAGCCACUUUGGGUACUACUGUGUUAGUAUACGAUAUUUUUAGCGACCCAAAAUUAAAUAUGAGUUGAACUCAUAUCUGUUCUAAAUUAAAGACGAUGUACACAUUUCCUUAAGUGUCUACGUCCGUCUUAACCAUUACAGAUACAUUCUGCAAGAUACACCGUAUUGAAGAUAAACAAUUGUAAGUAUUAACAUAUAUAUUUCAUUCAUUGUUUAUGUUAUUUUAGAAACAUCAAUAGGUUCGGAAAUCAUUACGGAUGGUUGGUAUAAGUGGGACUUUAAAGAUGUGUUAAAAAUCGUCCAAGCAAUUUUAUGUAUAGCAUGUUAAUUGGAAAUUUAAAAUUGAGUUUAUUUUAAAUAUAUUUUUUAAAAUGAUAUUUUCAAUUAAAUUCAAGAUCAUUAACCCUCCACGUUACGUUAUAGAACCAAAAGAAUGUAAUCCACGAUCGUGUUACAACCAGCUUGAACUGAACUCGUUGAACUAGAAGAUAAAUUUCUCUUGGAAACCUUACAACAUCCCAACCUAUAAACAAGACAUGUCGAAAAAACCAGUUCACAAUCGCACUUAAACCCAUUCACAACCUCGUCCAAAUGGUUCAACCCGAAAAAGCUCUACUUUUAGAUAAACCCGAACCGAAAAAAAGUGGCUUAUCGACAUUUUUAGCCGCGAUAUGUAUCGUCGACGUUUUUGGUGUUUUUCCCAUCGUAGCUUUGGCAAAACCAAUUUUAAAUUGUGGCGAAUAUGGGAUUAUUAUAUUGUUAAUUGUUGUGGUAGUUCAGAUGUAUACAGCGAUUUUAUUGGGAAAAAGUUGGAUGAUUGCUCGAAAUAUUAACGAUAAUAUACAAGAAAGAUGCCCUUAUAAAGCUUUAGCUGAAUUAUCUUGUGGUACAAAAGUUGCUGGAUUUGUUAGUUUAUUGUUAAAUAUUACUAUUUUUACUGCUGGCGUACCAAAUAUAAUCGUAGCUUCACAAAACUUGGAAUUAUUAGGAGUACGAAUUUCUGAUUUUAAUUUGUCUUAUUGUUAUUGGAUGAUUGUUAUUGGUAUAUUUAUUUGUCCGAUAUUAUGGUUGGGAAGUCCGAAAGAUAUGAAGUGUUUAUGUGCAUCUUCUGUGAUGAUUGUUAUUCUCGUGUUUUUGUUGCUUAUAAUUUGUUUACUUAAAAUUGAAGAAUCUCCAAGAAAUUUUCCUUCCGAUUUAACUUUAACAUUUUUGGAAAAUGUAGCUUUAGCUUAUGGAGUAAUUUCAUUUCAAUUCGACAUCCAUCCAACGAUUUUAACGAUUCAAGUCGAUAUGAAUAAUCAAAAAAAUAUUUCAAAAACUAUUAUUAUGGGUUUUUUGAUUACUUUAUCGAUGUUUGGAGUAGUGUAUAAAUUAAUUUGUGUCAAAUUCGGAAUGAGUAUAUCAGAAAGUUUAUUGGAAUCAUUACCACCAACGAUUUUUUUACAUUUAUGUGCUCUAUUAGUGGCGUUUCAAUUAAUUUUAUCAUUAGCUGUUGGGAAUACAGCUUUGUACCAACAAAUUGAAAAUUCUUUAGGAAUUUCAAGAGAUUUUAACUUUUAUAGGUGCAUAAUAAGAUCGUUUAUAACAAUUUUAGGAGUAAUUAUAGCUGAGUCUGUGCCAAGAUUUGAUGUUGUAAUGGCGGUUAUUGGAGGAACUUUAACAGGUCCGUUAAUUUAUAUUUUUCCCCCGAUUUUUUACAUAAAAAUGUUACAUUUAAAAAGUGACGCAUCCGAUGAUUUAUUAAUGGAAGAUAUCAUUCAAGAUCCGUCUAAAUUGCAAGAGAUUCACGUAAAAUACGGAUUUUCUUAUAUGAAUCGUUAUAAAUCAUCCAUAAAAUUAUCAAAAACCGAAAAAAUCGAAUUUUUUAUAUGCAUAUUAGUUUUAAUUUUUGGAAUUUUAGGAACAAUAGCGACUACUUACGUUAAUUUAAAAAAUGCUUAUAUAUUUAGUAACUUUACAAGUCCUUGUAUUUAUAAUUUAACCGUUUUGUAAUUUUUAAUUUGUUUAUCGCAUCGUUGUAUAAGAAUAAUUGUUAUUGUUGAAGUUGAAGCGAUUUUUCUUAAUUAAAACGUUCGCACUUACAUUUAAAAUAUUCCAGUAUAGAUUGUGUAGAGAGGAAAUUGCCAACAAUUUAACAAUUAUCCUCUAAAUGAAAUGUUACGCGUUCAUCAGAAUUAAACAAAAAAUAGGCAUUUCCUUUUUGUUAUCAAAAUCGUAUACAAAACCAUUAAUACUAAUUAAAUACAAAGACUUAACAUCAAUCUUUUGAUCUACUUUCCCCAAACUGUCCAAAACAAAAUAAAUAAACCUACAAUUUUAACUUGUUAAGGAAUUUACUUAAGAGUUACAGAUUUAAAGAAAGGUCGCGAUUUGUUAAACUAUUUUCCGAGAAGACGGAGACUGGUACCUGUGGGGCUUUCCUACCUGGCAAGAAGAGAAUUUAAGCGUCUCAUUGUCACGUUCGUGAAGUAAAAGUAGGUUAGAACGAGAACCACACAGUGUCAGAGUUUUUAGCGUCGUUCCGGCCGUUCGACUUUGGAAGAGAGACUUCGAAAAUGUUUAAACUCAACGUAGACGAGGAAAGUGCCAUCAUCAUCAUCUUCAAAAGGAGAGAGACCCUAAUUGGAACAUUCUAGAAAUGUUCCGAAUGCGUCAUUAUGCAAUUUAACAUCCAAUCUCAACUGAGAAAAUAAGAUCACGAUCCAUUUUAACUCAUUUAUAGUUUAUUCACAGAAAAAAAUUAAUUUUUAAUCAAAAUAAUCAUUUUUUUUUGUUUAUCAGCAUCUUUUAUCUUCUAAAUAACUAUUUAACGGUUUAAAAUUUAGAUUGAACUCUACAUCAGCCUGAGUAAUAUACAUAUUUUUUUAAGUGUUAAGUUCUCCCCUCCUUCUAGUUUUUGAACAGCGCAGGAAGACACUCGUUUAUAAAUACGAACCGGUUGCACUCCUGCGUUCACA